GCGGCCCCGUGACGCUAGGGGCGUGGCCGAGCGCCUCGCCGUCUCUCUACUUCGCCAUGGCUGCUGCGCCUACCGCUGUGCACCUGCCGCGUUGUGUGGUGUCUCCGACCGGGAGACACAGUGCCUCGCUCAUCUUCCUGCAUGGCUCAGGUCACUCGGGCCAAGGACAGAGAGAGUGGAUCAAGCAGGUGCUAAACCGAGACCUAACAUUCCAGCACAUAAAGAUUAUUUAUCCAACGGCUCCCUCCAGGCCAUAUACUCCUCUGAAGGGAGGGCUCUCCAAUGUGUGGUUUGACAGAUUGAAAAUAUCUAACGACUGCCCAGAACACCUUGAAUCAAUCGAUAGAAUGUGUCAAGUGCUCAGUGGAUUGAUUGAUGAAGAAAUAAAAACUGGCAUCCAGAAGAACAGGAUAUUAAUAGGGGGAUUUUCAAUGGGAGGUUGCAUGGCGAUGCAUUUAGCUUACAGAAAUCACCCAGAUGUGGCAGGAGUGUUUGUUCUUUCUGGUUUUCUGAAUAAAGCGUCUGCUAUUUACCAGGAUCUUCAGCAAGGUGGCCGCGUGCUCCCUGAGCUCUUCCAGUGUCAUGGCUCUGCAGAUGAGCUAGUUCUGCAUGCUUGGGGCGAAGAGACAAACUCAAAACUGAAAUCUCUAGGAGUGAGCACAACGUUUCACAGUCUUCCAAAACUUAACCAUGAGCUCAACAAAACCGAGCUAGAGAAGCUAAAGUCAUGGAUUCUCACGAGGCUGCCAGGAGAGACAGCUGGGCAGAGUGCAUGACUCCUGACCAGUAUAUUGAUCUUACAUUUAACAUUUUUUUCUUAUUUGAUCCUCACAAAAAUUAAGGUUUUUGAAACAUCCAGUACCCCUACAUUAUACAAAUAAAAUUGCAUAUCUGUCUAUUUUCAUUUAACAAGAUUGCUUUGUAAAUCAUCGUGUAGCAAAUGUCAACUGUUCCUUUUGUCACUGCACAGGUGCCAUUGAGGGGGCACACUGGAAUGUGCUUGUCCAUGCACCACAGAUUUGGGUGACUUCCUGUGUGAGGCUGUCAUAAGUAAGGCUGCUAUGAGGUGCAAACAUUCACCCUACGGUGGAGAGCUAGGUGACAGUGUUGUCGCAUCAAACAGCCCAGCUCUUCUUCAAUGUGGCUUUAGCACCUUCCAUUCCAGUCAGCAGUGUGGUGGCCCCUGAUGCCCGUUCUGCACCCGACUUUCAUCUUGUCUAUUCUGGUGGCUGUGUAAUGUUCAUGUAGCAUUUGAUUUCCACUUUCUUGGUGCCAAUGAUGUGAUACAAAAUCCUACACUAAAGGGUUUUCCUAGAUUUGUGAAAAUCAGUUUGCCCUCCCCAAUCUGUUUGUUGGUUAUCUUUGUGAAAGUUAUUCACUGCCAAGAUAAUGACAAAUAAAUUAUGAAUAAAUAA